CUUCCGCCGAGAAGCCCAGCUCGGGGUCUGAACCUCGUGCGUCUGGCAGCGUCCUGAGGACUCAAGGUGAUUUCCAAGGAUCCGUCUGGAUUCCAGGUCAACGAGUCACCUGUUGUCCCACUCAGAGUUCUGCCUGCUGUCCCUCACGAUAGCCAUCAUGCCCCGGGGAGAGAAGAGUAAACUCCGUGCUCGAGAGAAACGGCGCCAGGCUCGAGAUCAGACCCGAAGUCUGCAGGAUGCUCAGGCCCCUGCAGCACAAGAAGGAAAGUCCCUUUCCUGCCCCUCUCCUGUUUCUGGAGACCCUGCUGGCGUUCCUCAAAAGUCUCCAGAAACACCACCCACCAGCACUGCUGCUGCUCCUGCUGUUUCACGCAAAAGAUCAGGCAAAGGUGCCAAGAGCAGGAGGCCAGAAAGGGAUACUUCCUCUAAGGCCCCACCCUCCACUGAGAGCUCACAGAGGGAGAUUGUAGUGAGGAAGGCAGAAGCAUUGGUGCAGUACCUGAUGUCCAAAUAUAAAACGAAGGAUCCCAUUUUGAAGAGGGAAAUGCUAAAGAUUGUCCACAAGAGGUUCCGAGAGCAGUUCCCUGAAAUCCUCAAGGUGGCCUCUAGGCACAUGGAGCUGUUCUUUGGCUUGGAAUUGAAGGAACUCAAGCCAGGCGGUAGUUCCUACACCCUGGCCAGUGUAUUAGAGCUCAGCUGUGAUAACAUGAGCAGUGUCUUUCCCAAAACUGGGCUUCUCCUAGCUACCCUAGGCAUCCUCUUCUUGCACGGCUACAGUGCUACUGAGGAAGAUGUCUGGGAAUUCCUGAGCACCUUAGGGGCCGCUGAUAAGAGCAAGCGCUUCAUCUUUGGAGAUGUCAAGAAGCUCCUUACUGAAGAUUUUGUCCAGGAAAAAUACCUGGAGUACUGCCAGGUUCCUGGCAGUGAUCCUCCACGCUAUCAGUUCCAGUGGGGUUCCAGAGCGCAUGUCGAAACCAGCAAGCUGAAAAUCCUACAGUUUUUGGCCAAGAUUAUUUCUUCAAAUAUCAGUGACUUUGUACCCUAUUAUGAAAAGGCUUUGAGAGAUGAGAAAGAGAAAACCCAAGCCAAAGUUGAUGCCGAUCCUGGAGGUACUGCUUAAGCCAGUCCAAGCCCAAGGGCUAAGCUAGUCUCUAUACCCUUGUGGUAUAUGUGGCUGAUUCUUCACUUUGUCAUUUAAAAUGCCUGUUAAGCCUUGUUUUUGUUGUGUUGUUAUGCGUGACUAUAAUGUUUGAACAGUUUUCUUCCUGUAUCACUCAAGAGCGCUUUUUUCAACAUAAUGUUUAUUUAGAUUCACAGUGUAAUUCGAUGAAUGUUGUGGAUCAAACAUUCAUUGCCAUUUACCAGGUUUAGUGAUAAGGUAUUGGUUCAUUUUGCAACACAAAUUGUAAUUCCUGAGAUUAUAUUGAUGAUCCACACUAAGAUGACAUGCCACCAGGGCAGGAAUAUCUUUGGAAAUAAGAAAUUUCCACAGUAAAAUAUUUGGGCUCAGCUGUGUGCUAGUUAACUAUCAACUUGUAUAGGAAAGAAUCACCCAGCUGAUUGGAUUAGCAUAAUUCUAGGUGGGAGUGAAUGGUUUUACAGAAGACAGAAUACCUACCCUGGUGUGAGUGAUACCAACCAGUAGGCUUUUGUAGCCUGAAUGGAAUAAAACGGGAGAUGAAGAAGGAAGGCCUGAUUCUGUUUCAAGAGGCUUCAGUUAACUUCUUCAACUUAGAAGAACUUCAUCUGCCUUCCAGCACAGACCCUUCAGUCUUCCAUAGCAGACCAUUCAGCCUCCUGACACAUACUCACACAGGACUCUACAGUGACCUCCAGGCUUUCAAACUUUGACUUGGUCCUCCAGCAUGCAGACAGUUGUUAUGCAUUGCUCCACACCUGACUCUGCAGGUAGCCUUCGUAAGCGUACCUUGUAAAUCCUGAUAAGUUUAUCUAUCUUAUAUUAAUCUGUUUCUCUAGGGUGCACUGACUGGUACAAGCUGAUAGGGGGAAAAAAGUAAAAGUUACUUAGUUCUUAGUUUGCUUUACUUGAUUCAGUUUUUCCUUUUGGAC